CAUUAAAAAGAAGAAGAAGAAGAUCAUGAUGGCGGUGGUCGGUCUCGUGCGACUGAGAGCGCUGUGCAGUUUAACUAAAUGUGGCCAUACAGGAGUAAAAACAKCAUCAAACUGGAGAGUAGAUAUGCGGUGGUUUAGGACAAAACCUAAAAACUUUCAAGAACACAGCGCGUAUUGUUUCGGGAAUCGAGAAGUGGAUAAGGCUGAUGACCUCCUGAAGGAGUUUCCAUAUCCUAAACGUUUAUUGAACGACACCAUUGCUCAGUCACUGGGUGUGAAGGAACUGUCCCAUCUCAUCCAGUACAGUUGCACGGAUCAAGCUGGUGUCAAGAAGUCCACUGUCACGUUGCGGUGGCCCUGCACGAUUGAAGAGGAGGGUUAUGCAUCCAAGAAGGUUGAUGCUGAGCAAUUAGCUGCUGCAGCUGCUUGCUUCAGGCUCAAGGAACUGGGUGUGAUUGGUCCAGACAAUAAGCUGCCCAAGAGAAAGUCUGGCCAGAAGAGAGUUCCUUCACAUUCCCUUAGUUAUGACAAGUGGGCAGAUAAUGUAGUCGGGGAAGAUAAAUGCUCACCUCCUAAAGAAGAUUCCCUCUCUCAAGCUCUUUCUGUGUUUCCACAACCCAAACAUCUCCUGGCGAGUGUCGUCCAAACUGCCACGUCAACCAGUGCAAUUCAUGAUAUGCUGCGCUACAGAAUAGUUAAUACUAGGCCAAGUGAGUGUGAGCUGACUCUACUUUGGCCUGAGAAGAUGACGUUUACGGCGACGGCACGCAACCGAAAAGCGGCGGAGAAUACAGUUGCAGCGCUCGCUUGCAUGAAACUGAAGGAGCUUGAGCUUCUGGAUGAAGACAAUAAACCACUGACUCAGGCUAAGUACCAUCAAGAGAAGGUAAGGGAGGCUGGAUUGAGGGAGAAACGUCCGUUUCGGCUGGAAAUCCCAGAAAAUCUAAAGCAAAAAAUGAGGGCAUACCUUGAGCAGUACCCAGCGGCUACAGAAGUACAGAAACUAUGGGAAGAAGAAGAGGAAAGGGGACAACAGGCAGUGGACCAGGAGGAGGAGGAGGAGGAAGACUUUGUAAAGGAUGCUAUUACUGGCGCACCAUACAGGACUCUGUCUGAACAACAGGCUAAGCUACUUAGCAUCCAUCUCCAAAAGGAAUGGGAAAACUCGGAGCCCGGAUUCAGCGUGGAGCUGCCAGUCGACGCUCACCGUCAGCGUGUCGUCUCGGCCGUGCGCUCCUCUCGGGUGGUUGUCAUCGCGGGYGAGACGGGAUGCGGAAAAACGACACGAAUCCCACGCUUCUUGCUGGAGGAACACGUACAAUGCGGGGAGGGCGCCGUGUGCAACGUCCUGGUGACCCAGCCUCGCCGAAUCAGUGCUGUGUCUGUUGCUCAUCGUGUCGCUCACGAGCUGGGUCCACAACUUAAACACCAUUUGGGAUAUCAGGUGAGACUUGAGAGUCAAUGCCCAAAGCACAGUGGAGGAUCCAUGCUCUUCCUCACAGUGGGUGUCCUGCUGAAGAAGCUGCAGUCGAACCCGACCCUGAAAGGAAUCAGUCACGUUGUGGUGGACGAGGUCCACGAGCGAGACAUAAACACAGACCUGCUGCUGGCCUUGCUGCGCUCCAGCUUAGAGAAGAACCCUGACUUAAGAGUAGUUCUCAUGAGUGCUACUGGGAACAACCAGAAGCUGGCUGAGUAUUUUGGAGGCUGCCCUAUUGUAAAGGUGCCUGGAUUUAUGCACCCAGUAAAAGACAAAUACCUGGAGGACAUGCUGAGGGAGAUGGGACGCCCAUCUUUGGGUGAAAAUAAAGUAGAGAUGAAUAGUCAGGGGGAAAUUGAGGCCACGCCAGAUCUUGAUUUGGUCGUAGAUGUUAUCGAACACAUUGACAGGCACGGAGAGCCAGGUGCAGUGCUGUGUUUCCUCCCUGGAUGGCAGGACAUCAAAGAAGUUCAAGACAAACUUGAGAAAAAGCCGCACUUUUCCUCAGGCUCGCACAUGAUCCUGCCACUGCACUCCAGCUUAUCGGUCGCUGACCAACAGACCGUGUUCCAGCGUCCCCCAGUGGGCCUGAGGAAGAUUGUGCUCGCCACUAACAUCGCUGAGACCUCCAUUACAAUAGACGACAUUGUACACGUGGUGGAUGCAGGCACUCACAAAGAACAAAAAUAUGACCCACAAACAAAAGUUUCCUGUCUGGACACAGUUUGGAUAUCACGUUCUAACGUCACACAAAGAAAAGGGAGAGCAGGACGUUGUCAGCCAGGGCAUUCCUAUCACCUUUUUCCAAGGAAACAUCUGGAGUCGUUGACUCACUUCCCUGUCCCUGAGAUCCUGCGUACCCCGCUGCAGAAUUUAGUUUUGCAGGCAAAAGUCCACAGUCCAAACUGCAAGGCUGUGGAUUUUUUGUCCCAAGUGUUGGAUAGUCCAGAGCGAGAAGCGGUGAGAGAUGCUGUCAAAUGUCUUCAAGACAUAGGAGUUUUGGACAGCAUGGAGACCCUGACGCCGUUGGGCGAGCGUGUUGCCUGUAUGUCAUGUGACCCACAGUUGGGCAAAGCCGUGGUUCUGAGUUCUAUAUUCAGAUGUGUUCUGCCAGUGUUGUCUGUAGUCGCCUGUCUCACCAAAGACCCAUUCCACAAUAGCCUGCAGAACAGGGCCCUUGUCAAGAAGGCCAAGAAGAAACUGAGUGACUCUAGUUACAGCGACUAUCUGGUGUUCAGUAGAGCCGUUCUGGGCUGGAGGAGAGUCCAGUGGGAGGGAGAGAGAGAAGACAGAGACGACUAUUUGGACGACUACACUCUUUCCAAAUCCAGUCUCCGAUUUAUUAACGGCCUUAUUUCUCAGUUCAGUUACAACCUUCAGGAUGCAGGGCUGGUUUCUCAGGCAUUUGAAUGCCAGCAUCACACUUCUCUCUACAAUCAGCACAGCAGCCAGGAUGAGCUGCUGAAAGCUGUGAUGCUAGCUGGACUGUAUCCUAACCUUAUUAAGGUGAAGAAGGGUAUUGUGACCAAAAAAGGGCAAUUUCGUGCCAACAAUAUAGUUUUCCGCACAGUCAGUGGCCCGGUGUUGCUUCAUCGCUCUUCAGUUAACAGAGAAGAAAAUCUCCCCAGCCGUUGGCUGACCUUUUUUAGUGCUGUCAAGUCUGAUGGAAAUGUUUUCAUCAGAGACUCCUCUGUAGUCCAUCCACUCGCCCUGCUGCUGCUCACUGAUCGUGACAUCAAAGAGAAAGUAAACGGCGAUUCAGUGGAGGUGUCGUUCCGUGGAUGCUCCCUGAUGCGCUGCGAGCUGUCAUCUGAGACGUGGGAGCUGCUUUGGGAGCUACGCACCGCCAUUCAGACCAUGCUGUACCGAAACCUGAACGAUCCCAGCAACUCUAACACCACUCAAGACGAACACCUCAUAUCUGUACUCGUAGAGCUGCUAAACGGUACCGAGUCAAACCCUUUUGUUCAGAAUCACAGCGUAGAAAGUGAGGUGGAUUGAUAAUAAAACUUGUUUGCAGUUGUAUUUUGGAUCACCUGCUUGAAACAGAAAUCAAUUUUGUUUCCUUUUUUUCUAAGUACUUACAGCAAUCUGUUAAUGUUAGUAAAUGGAAGCUGUCAGGCUGAAGUCCAAAGUGAACUGUUGGCKCCUGCUUUAUUUUCUUUGUAACUCCAUUAAGAGUUGGGGGGAAAAAAAUCUAUCCUAUGGAUUUUGGACUUUGUUUUUUGUUAGCAGAGUGGUUAACUGCUAUCUGAAAAGCAGUGUUCGAUUAUAGACUGAGUAAAAACAAAUGUCAUUAAAAUACAUUGUAAAUUGUCAUUUAUUGAAAUAAAUGUGCUUGCCAACAAGAGAAGUUUGUGGGUGCCCCACCC